AUGUUUUUUGAGAUUGUGAGGGUUGAAUAUACUAGUUCAUUGACACUUAAAAAAGAGAUAUCUCGGGUUCUUAUGAAUUAUGAUCUCCAAAUUGAUAAAAUGCGAGGUCAAGGAUAUGAUGGUGCUAGCAACAUGCUACAAUUAGCAUUAGUUGCAGCAUCAAAAGAUGUGGCUCCUAUUUGGCUAUUCUUUUCAACACUGAAUUCCAUUAUCAAUCUUAUUACUGCUUCUCCCAAGUGCCAUGGUGAGUUACAAUCUACCCAAGAAAUUGAUAUUGCACAUAUGGUUGACACUGGUGAACGUGAGACAGUUGUUGAGACCUUGAUUAAGAAUGGAGCCUCUAAUUCUAUACGUGGGGAAGCGACUAAUUAUCAAUGGGAAGAGUUAAACAGUAGAUUUAGAGAAGGAGCAAUGGAACUUCUUAGUCUUAGCUCUGCUUUGGACCCUAGCAAUGGUUUUAAAUCAUUUAAGAUUGAUGAUAUGUGCAAGUUUGCAGAGAAAUUUUAUCCUCAAGAUUUCACUGUUAACGAAUUACGUUUAUUGAGGUGCCAACUCGAACUUUUUGAGUUUGAAGCAACUACGGAACGAGCAUUUUCAGCUAUGAAACAUGUUAAGACUGUACUUCGCAACAAAAUGGAGGAUGAGUAUCUCGCAGAUUCCCUCAUUGUCUACAUUGAGAAAGAGCUUUAUAUGGAUAUUGAUUCAGAUUCAAUAAUCAAAGAUUUUGAUACACUCAAAGAGAGAAGGGUUCCACUUCACUAG